AUGCGAUCUACCUUCUUUUCCCCGCGCGGAAUGCUGCUUGGAGCAGUCAGCCUCCUUGCUGCCGCAACUGAUUGCUCCGCCAUGGGAACUGCGAACAGUCUCCUACUCACCCAAAUUGCCGAGACAGUCCAACUUCCCAUGUUCACCUGGUCCGCCAAUGGAACCCACACUGCCAAGGGAUUUACCACCAAAGAAGCGAAUGUCGCCAGUGUCGAGGGUUUGAAGGAGGACUGCGACAAUAUCAAUCUGAACAAGAAGCUUUCGGUUGACUUCCGCAGCGAUGUCUUCGGCGAGGGCCUCAUUGGAUUCUUCUACAAGUGCGAGCCGAUCAGCCAUGAUACCAAUCUGUACUGGUUCACCAUUAGCUCGGGCAACCGUACUCAAAUCGACAGACUCUGCAGCCAGAAGUCGAGCUAUCCCAUUGUACACGACUCGCAACACAACACCUGGUUUAUCGACGAGCCGUUCGACUGCACUCAGCGUACUUCUCCCUCAAAUGUAUUUUAG